AUGGAAGUAGGGUUUUCUAUGGGUUUGGGAAUCAUGGGAAAGUCCAUGUCAAUGAAUAUAUUGAAGAACGGAUUCAAAGUCACUUUCACAAACAAGCUGUCGGAGAUCAGAAGCUUCUUCUUUGAGUUUAGAGUUCUCCUUCAAUACACAAUUUUGAGUCUCCGAUACGCGGUUCAGCUUAUCGAUAAGACAGUUGUUCUCGUUGCGAAGCCUUAUUACCUGAGACCAGAGUUCAUCAAGAUGUCUCUGUUUCCUCAUCCUUGA